CUGUUAUUAUAUAAUUCGAUAAUGACUCGGUAGUAUGAGCUUAAUAAGAGGAGCAUCAAUAUACUCAUUCGCAACUACACGUCGAUUCGUAAUGAGGAACUUUGUUUUUGUGAAGGAUAGUGACACGGAUAGAAAUGAUGCUGAGGACGAUUCUCCGACGUGUAGUUUUCGUACUGAAAAUUGUCAUCGCGAGAUCAUAGAUCUGCGACGAUUGUUGAGAGACAAGACUUGUAAACACGAGAUCUUCUGUAGUUUUGAAGUUGUUUCUAGAAGAAAGCCUGAUAUCUCUUAUCAAAGGCUUCUCGCGGAAAUGGAUAAGUACUCGCCUCUUUUUUACGCAUUAACGUGGCACAACGAAGAAGUUUUCGCCAAUAAAAAUUAUCUGCCUUUGGAGGUAUUAGAAAACUUUCCGAGUAACACGCUUUUGCAUCUAGCAGCUAAUGGUUUGAGGCGUGACGAAAUCGUCAGUAUCCUAAGGAGAGCCCUUUCGCGUGGAAUAAUCAAUAUAUUUGCGCUACAAGGAGAUUCCUCAUCCAAGGACGGUGACUUCGUGCAUGCAAGUGACUUGGUCACUUUUAUCAGAGAACAAUUUGGCGACACGUUCUGCAUAUGUGUGGCGGGCUAUCCACAAAUGCAUCCGAAAUCAGCCUCCAAGGAACUCGAUCUGCAUUACUUGAAAGCGAAAGUAGAAGCGGGCGCGGAUUUCAUCAUAACGCAAAUAAUUUUCGAAUCUCAAGUUUUCAUAGACUUCGUAAAAGAUUGCCGAGAGAUAGGCAUUCAAGUUCCAAUUAUUCCUGGAAUUUUCGUACCGACGAAUUACGAGUGUUUAGAGCUAAUGGCGCGUGUUUGUAAACUCGACAUUCCAGAAAAAAUAAAACACGAUUUAUCACGAAUGAGGAACGAGGAUAAAGUGAUGAGAAAAUUCGUACUUGAAUUAACAGUACAGAUAAUUACUGAUGUGAUCGGAAGCGGGACGACUUGCGGCUUCCAUUUAUUUACGUUGAACAGAUUAUCGUUAUUGGCGGAAAUAUGCGGGCAUAUAAAUUCUUGCAAACAAACAAUUUAAUUUUCUUACAUCAAGUUCGCUUAAAAUGGUGUCAAUGAAUACAUCGUUAGAAUUUUCUAAUGCUUGAUUUUUAUUGACAAAUUGUAAACCAAGUCACAAAAGAGACAACCGCGCGGUCAAAUAAACUCUGUACAAAAUAGAAUAAAAUCACC